AUGUGGAGGCCUUGGGACGUUGGUGGUGUGUCAAUUGUUCUUGCCUCCGUCUUCUCCUCCAUCGGCUUGUGGUCCUACCUUGGCGUGCCCGCCACUCUCAUCAUCAUUGAGGUCAUUCCCUUCCUCGUCUUGGCUGUGGGUGUGGACAACAUCUUCAUCAUGGUGCAGGACUUCCUUAUGCAUGACGAAGAGGAGGUGGAUGAUGAUGAUGACGAUGACGACGACGAUGACGAGGAGGAGGGCGUUUAUGGGAGUAGAGAGAGCAUGGCGAAUGAUGCCAACGAUGUAGUGGAAGAAGGCACGGCGAGUUCAGGAGGCGGUUGUGUCGGUGGUGGUGUUGGUGGAUGUGUUGGUGGGAAGGUGAAAGGAUCGGGACAUUGUCUUCGUCGUCAGCAUCGUCGUCUGCGUCGAAGGCGUGAAGAGGAGAACGGUGGUGGUGGUGAUAAGAGUGAGGUGAGAAAAGGUGCUGCUGGUCUUGCUCCUGUGGAGGCGCGUAUUGCAAAGACGAUGGGUCGUGUGGGUCCAUCCAUGUUCCUUUCAAGUCUGGCGGAAUCUGUGGCCUUCUUUUGUGGUACGUUGACGAAGUCAGAUUGUUGGUGGCAUCAUUUUUACUGCUAUCCUCUACGUAGUAGUUGUGGAGACGGAGCGGAGGGGCAGCGUUUCGGUGCAAUCUCCUCUGUCACAUGA